ACCCCGCGUUUAUUCUGUCUCCCCAUUGGCUGAAAAGUGAGGAGGGGGGGCAAAGAGAAGACUGCCUGCGCUCUGAGGGCGGCGGAGAACGAAGACGGUCGUUGGAGCGGAUGACCUGGUCUGUAUCCUGACGGCGGUAAGAUGCCAGUCGGGCCAAGAAGGAUCGGGGAAGGCAGUUUCAAGUUUUAAAUUCUCUUCAGUUUGGCUCCUCCUUCUCAAGGGUGACAAGGCCUGUCACUUUCUCCUCACGGUUUUUCCUGUGAGUGCAAGAGCUUUUUUUUUGUUAGCAGCCCAGGGGAUAAUAUAGAACAUAGAAAAGGAAACUUGACCAGAAGAUUGUUAUAAACUCCUUUUGUGGUAGUUGAAAGCGAUGGAUCAGCUUCCGGAACUCUAUGCUGUUUUCCAAGGAGAGGUUGCUUCUGUGACAGAAUAUGGAGCAUUUAUAAAAAUCCCAGGAACCCAAAAACAAGGCCUUGUUCACAAAAGCCAAAUGUCAAACUGUAGAGUGGACAAACCUUCAGAGAUGGUGGACGUUGGAGAAAAAGUAUGGGUGAAACUUAUAAGAAAAGAGAAGACAGAUGACAAACUGAAACUAUCUCUUUCCAUGAAAGUUGUUAACCAAGGAACAGGAAAGGACUUAGACCCCAAUAAUGUUGUCCUUGAUCAAGAGGCACGGAAAAAAUGCUCCUUUAGAGAUUAUACCAGUCAAAAGAUCACUUUAGAAGCUGUUUUGAACACUGUGUGUAAGAAGUGUGGUUGUCCAGGUCAUUUUGCCAAAGAUUGCUUCAUGCAGCCAGGAGGGACAAAAUACACCCUUAUACCAGAGGAUGAACCUGUCCCUGCAGAAGAUGAAAAGAAAGCUCACCACUCUAUGAAGAAAAGGAAAAAGGAUAAAAAGAAAAAAAGGAAACGUAAGAACACAGACUUGGAGGCUUCCGACAGCACCAAUUCUGACAAUGGGAAUCAGCCAGCUCAGAAGAAGGCAAAACGCAAGGAAAAAAACAGUCCAUCUCGGAAAAGGAAAAAGAAACAUCAUAAGAAAAAGCACAAGGAAUGAGAAUGAGAAUCUGAUUCUGGACUGCAUGUGUUCUCAGUGCAAAUUGUGGCUUCCAUUCCCUCUGGUCAUCAGUUGGAAAAAGAACAACUGAACCAGCAGGAUGCGUUAGGAUAAAAUGGUUUUUCCUUCUUUGAAAAUCACCUUAGUUUUUCAAGGAUUAUCAUAAGGAUAGCUAUUCUCCUCCCAUAAAGUAGAAAGGAAGGAGCAGCCUGCCACUGGGUGGUACCUUGUCCCAGUUGUUCAUUCUUGUGAAAUCUUAACUCCUUUCUUUCGUUUCUUCAUGCUUGGAUUUUAGCCAGUCUCUUUAGAGCAACUAAAGAGCCAUCUUGCAGAAACUUGCAUGGAGCUGGCAGUUGGCGCAUUUCCUCAUUUGGGAACAACUGUGUUGACUCAGCAUCUGCCACUUAUUGUCUGCCUACCAGCAGAAGGAACUGUGAAGGUAUCCUCUCACCUGACAAGGACACAUUGGUUGAAGAACAGAUCAUGCCACUGCAUUCCUGUUAUCCCAUUUGUCCUGUAAUACUGUAAGAGGAAGAAAUCAGGUACAGGACCAGUUGUCUUAAAAACUGAGAAAUGAGCUAAGUGUUCACCUUUGAACCAUGAAUAAAGUUUUGGUUCAUGGGGUUCUUUUUAUUGUAGAUUUGGAUUUGGAGAAGGGACAGAAAUAAGAACCCUCCUAGUUGUCUCACUUUCCUAUUGUGAGAUGCUUUAAAAACCAGGGUGUCAGCAUUUUUGUGUUGGAAGCUCACUUACAUUAUACUUUGUUGGUUUUGGAGGCUGCAGGAGUGCAGUCAGUGAUUUGCAGUGGAUGAGACUGCAUUUUGGAGUUUAUUUUUCCUAGACUGGCUUUAAGAGGUGAAAUGAAGAUUCCAGACCUCAGUGAACUUCAUAGAGCUAUUUUGCUCCCCUUGUCCAGAAGAGAAUUGCCUGAGUGGGGCUCAUAUAAAUGAAACUGAGCGUAAUGUGCUGCUUUUACACUAACCAUUAUAUUUAGGGCAGGGGUUCCCAACCCCCAAUCCAUGGACCGGCACCGGGCUAUGUCAUGCCAGCAACCAGGCUGCGCAAACAAGUGAAUCCCCAUCCAUGGGAUGCAAGCAGCAUGCAAAACCACACUGUUGUGACCUAGGCUUCCCCAAAAAGCACGAAGCAGAAUCCUGGUUCUGACAAAACCCCUUUUAUUAAACAAACUGAAUUCCUUUCAUUCACCAUUAGCAAAGUCUUUCAAGGGAGAAUUUACAGUCACAGACCUUAUCUGGCUUGGAGAGCUGCCAGGCCGAUAUCUUCAAAACUUGGCAAAGCGUCUCAGAGUCACUAACCAAUUCACUCUUUUAUUCCCUCGGGGAGGGGCCAUUCAUCGUCCACCUGUGGCCUUACUCCCAAAUCGACCCAUGUUCUUUAGCUGUUCCCUUUGUCUCACAACUCUGUGCAUGCACACACUGGGAACAGGCUCCAGCUGUUGGUCUGCCUCACUGAUGUCUGCCUCUGAAGGCAGCUGAUAACUGGCAUCCGGCCCUGGCCCCCUCUCUGCCUCCAACACAGAGCCCUCAUCAGAGCCUUCCCCAGACUCCAGGACUGGCCCGUGUUCCUCCCCAACUUCCUCACUGUCCGAAUCUGUUACCAGUUCUGCUGGCCACUGGCAGGCCACAGCACUCCCCCCCCUCCGGUCUGAGGAAAAAUCUCUCCAUGGAACUGGUCCCUGGUGCCCAAAAGGUUGAGGGCACUGCUUUAAGGCAUUGUUAUUUGGACAGGAAACUGUUGGUCAGUUCCAGGCUCUAGUCUAAAUUGGGAAGUUGAAGAACAGCCUGGCAGAAGUCAGUGAAACCAUAGUGACUUCUUGUUACCAAAAAAACCCCUACAGCACGUCCAUGAAAUGUCAAGAGCCGAAUAUAACUUGAAAUAACUUUUCUCUCCAUUAUAUUAUUUUAGCUAUUAAGAGUGCAGAGGUGCAGUCAGUGAUAUAACCGUUGGAGUGCCAGCUUUUCUGUAUUAUCCUGGCAACUUUGAAGCUUAUGUCUUAGUUAUAUCCUGUAUUUCUCUGCCUUUGGGAAAUCUAAGGCAAUUUACAUAAGGUGUGUAACUAAAUUCUCUUUGAUCAGAGAUUAGGUAAGUUAGCUGUCUUGCAGUUCAUGCCUCUAGCAUAGUACUAUUUCUCAGAAAUGUAACUGUCAAUCACUCCAAGAACCAUAUUGGUAAUUGCCAAAAAACACCCUUGUUUGUGCCUAUAUUACCUCUUCAAGGCAAACCACUGCUUGUGUAUUAUUGAAUUUUCCUACUCUGAUUGGCACAAUGUACAUUGAUGACAUAAGUGUCUGCAUAGUGUAGUUUUAUCAGCUCUUUGUGUUAUAAGUUGCAUGCUUAAAAGUUUUCAGCUUGGUUCAUAAAGUUUUUAAACUGGGAUCUGUAAUAGAGCUGCUAAAUUUUUUGAAGGCCCACUUUGCCGAAUAUAGGUUCGAGCAAAGUGCCUCUUGUGUAGUGCAUGCCCAAGGACUAAAGAUUACAAGAUGCGCAAGAAAUGAUACGCAAUAACAAAAAUAUACCCCUAAAAGGUCCACCAGUGAAUGAAGACAUAGAGUAACAAAAUAGCCAAAUUGUAACCCAACUAAGAUGAAGACCCAAGGACUAUCUGCUUUGAGCAAUUGUAGGAUGUAAUCAGGGUUGGAGCCUGUCAGAUGUCCACUUGGAAGCUGUUCCAAAGAACUGGUUCAGCUACACAGUGUCAUAGAACUUUACCCCCACUCCCAUUCCAAAGGGUGCGGCUAAUAUUUUUUCCUGAGUGUAUCAAACUGCCUCCCAUUCCAAAGGGUGCGGCUAAUAUUUUUUCCUGAGUGUAUCAAACUGCCUAGACAUAUUCCAAUGGGAGAAUGCAGUCCUGCAAAUAAGGGCCAAGUCUCAUAGAGCUAUAUAAGUUAGCAUUUUCAAUUGCAUCUGGAAGGCCAAUGGCAAUUAGUGCAAGACUCACAUUACUGGUAUAAUAUGAUCCCACCAACAAAGACCAGUCAACACACAGGCUCCUGUAAUUUGAACCAACUGAAAACUAAGUGAUCCUCAAAUGUAGUGUGUGUUGCGAUAAUCUAAGUAGGGAAUGAGUCACAACAGUUAAGAUAGGGUAGGACUGCAACUGGCAUGCCAGCCAAAGCCACAGCCUCUUACUUUUCCAGCAAAAGCCAGGAGUACAGAUGUAUACCUAAGUCAGACACCUGUUCCCCCAGCAGCAGUGUGCAAAAUAAUUAUUGACCAGAUGUAUUGGAUGAAUAUGGGAUGCAGUGGCUAAGAGGCUGAGCUUGUCGAUGGAAAGUUGGCAGUUCAGUGGUUCGAACCCCUAGUGCCACGUAACGUGGUGAGCUCCCAUUACUUGUCCCAGCUUCUGCCAACCUAGCAGUUCAAAAGCAGGUAAAAAAUGGUGGGAAGGUAACAGCGUUCCAUGAGCCUUUGGCAUUUAGUCAUGCCAGCCACAUGACCACGGAGAGAUCUUCGGACAGCGCUGGCUCUUCAACUUUGAAAAGGAGAUAAGCACCACCCCCUAGAGUCAGGAACGAAUAGCACAUAUGUGCAAGAGGAACCUUUACCUUUACCUACUGGAUGAAUAAAGGCAUAAAGUAAUACCCAGGACUGCUCCUCUCUCCAGUACGUGCCAGUUAAUUUUUUUUAUUUUGCAAAGAUAAGAGGGAGCGGUUGAUGAGUCAGGUAGAUCUUCCCAUGAAUUGUCAACUGGGUAUCUUCUGUUUAAGUUAUCCUAACAUUUGGAACAAGCCUCUUGUUUACACAGUGUAGAAACUAGCAGGAGAGUUGCAUUAGCCCCCGGCAACCCAAAGUAAGCACUGAUAAUAUUUUAUUAAAAGGCAUCAGUUGUUGAGCAGUAGCUACUUUGUCAAAUGUAGAAAUGUAACACUAACGUAAUGCUUAAGAACACUUAGCUAGUGACAUAAAUUCAAAAUACAUAACUGGCAUUUUUGCCUUCCUGGAGGGUACAACAUUGAUGUCAAUAGUGCUGAUAUAAGCAGGGCUCAAGUACAUUGCUGUUAUUUUUGACUCACGUACUGAUACUUCAGAAGGAAAGUAUAAAAUGUUUAAGUGUCCAGUGCAACUUAGAUUGACACAAAUCAGAAACAAACAUAUAUUUUGUUAUAUAAAAUUUGAUGAUUUGUCUCUAUAAGAAACUCAUUGGAAAUACAUGCAGAUAACCAGUCACUCAGAUAAAAUGCUCUAGGACCAUGUUUCUUAACCUUGGCAACUUUAAAGAUGUGUGGACUUCAAUUCCCAGAACUGAAUGCUGCUUGGGAAAUUCUGGGAGUUGAAGUCUGCACAUCUUAAAAUUUGCUGAGAUUGAGCAAUACCACUUUAGAAGAUGGUGCUUUUUGCAAAGACAGCUAUUGUUUUGGUGUGCUUCAUUUAAAGUCACUGAUAGGAGACUUAUGUGCUCCUCCCUAAAUACAUACACUGGAGAAUCACUAGAAACUGACUAAGCAAUUGGAGCAAGAAAUUUUGGUCAAAAAUGAUAUAACCAUCCCAGGAAUGAUGCAGUGCUUUCGAAAUACUGUUGCUGACAGGAGAAAAUAAAACUGGUUGGUACAUAUUUCCAAACUUAUCUGUGUACUUUAAAAGUUGUUCACUCCACCCAGAGAUUUGUGUCUGAGGGAUUGCAGUAUGCUCGCUGCUGCCUAUAUGAUCCAUUCUGGUUAUUUGCUGUGCCUUCCUAAAACUGAAUUGAUAAAUAUUCAUGUUUCUAGGGCCAAUUUAUAUACAAACAAGCCAAAUCAAGAUACAGGACUAUGAUAGCCAUUAUAACAACAUCUAAAACAGUCUAUGCAUGCUAUGUAAUGUUUAAAGUUACGGGCAUCACAUGCCACACUAGAAAAGGAAUUUCAUAAUUCAGAUCUUCAAGAGACCCCACUCUGAUAUCGAACAGCCUUGUAUAUAAUGCAGGUAGUUCUCUAUCUAUCAGGUCACCCUGCAGCUAGCAGAGUAAUGAGACAACUUGUAAAUUUGCUAGCUGGGAGAAUCUGUAUUAAUCUUGUUCCAGAUCUUUAAUAAUACUUGUGAUGGAAAAAACAAUCUUGACUGAUAAGCAGUGGAAUAUAUAGUUUUGGAAAACCGUCUGAAUGAGUCUAAUGUAAUAUCAGUCUUACACAUAUUUUGUCUUGCAAAAUGAUAAGAAUAUGGUAGUUUUGUAGAAGGCAAGCAUACCUCUGUAGAGCAGACUUUGUGGCUCAGUUGCCAAUUACUAACAGGCAAGAGUGAAAUCUAAUGCUGACUUGUGUAUUCAUUUUCCUAAG